AGAUCGUUUACUGAAGUGAAAAGAAGCUACUCGCUACACUAUAUACAAAUACUAUAUUAUAAGUAGUCUGCUGUGACAAUUCAGGUGUUAUUCAAUCAAUUUUUGGCCAAUCAUUAUCUAUUCCGGCCUCAGUUGUGAAGAUGUGCUACUUCAGGUAACUGUGGUAAAGGUCAUUUUUUCAAUAUUUGUUGACAGCGUGUCGUCCAAAUGAUCAGUUGAGAUAAUAUUGUAUCAUUGAUGAAAAUGAUAUUCAGUUGCAAGACAACACGUUUUGGUGUAAACGGUACAACAAUUCCCUUUUAAAUUUAGUGGACUAUAGGUACGAAUGAAAAUACUACUAAGCUACAGUACUCCACCUCUUAGACCGUGGUGGUCUUUGUGAGUCCUGCGUUAAACCCGUAUAGAGAACGGCCACCCUGAUCCCCAAAACAUGACAUCAUUCAGACUGGACCCGGGGAAGGGGGCGUUCAAAACUGCUAAUCACGGACCGUGACUGCACUGUUGUCGUUGCAAAAGGGCGUGGGCAUUGUUUUUGUUGUUGAUAUUAUUACAUAGCUGCAUGGAUCCUCCGGGUGUUGAGGAUGUAAUCUUCACCUCGCGGCAGCGUGUGAUCGUCGGUACCUUCGAAGAAAGCGGAACGAAUCGCGGACGAAGAGACGCCGUGUCGGCUUUUUUACGCAACUCCCACCGAACAGUUGACACGCGAACGCAACCUCCCUCGUGAUGGAUUUGGAUACUUCCAGACAAAAUGACAUAAGAUAAAUAAAUGGAUGGAUCCUUAUCUGUCUAUUUAACCCUCUUCUUCCCAAAAGUCUCAACUGGUGACGUCGCUUCUGCAGACCCCCUUAUGGCUUUUAUGAGCGCUGCCAGUUGAGGAGAAUAGCGAGAUAACCACAGAGCCGGGCUCGAGUCCGAUAUGGCGGCGAGCACGUCCGAGCCGCUCUGCCAGCCGUGCGUUUACCACGAAGCAUUCAAAGUGGAGCUGCAGGUGAGGAGACCUCUGAUGCCGGUCCAGCUGAGUCCGGAGCGGGUGGGCCUGGAGAUGUUGUGUCUUUGCGGGCAGCUGGACCUCCUCAUCAGGGCACAGAUGCAGCAGUUCCAGGAGCAGUUGGGACAGGGCUGUAGCCCAGAGGAGGCGGACACUUUCCAGGCUCAGGGAUCCGAGAUUCUCGACCAGAUGCUGCAGUGCCUUGAACAUCUACCGAAGCCCAUGCCCCAGCUAGAGGACUACCUGGACAUGGUGGGCCUGUCAGUAAUGUUCCCCCGGGUGGAGGUGUUCCUGAUUCAAGGCAGCCCUGUGGACAUGCUGGAGAGCCCCCCGAUGGACGAAUACUUCUCCCACGUCUCCAGACUGAACCAGCUCCUGGUGCUGAGUCAGCAGCUGGAGGAAGACAUCAGGCACCUCGGAAGUCACAAAUACAUUGCCCACCAACUGUCGGUCAUCUAUCAAGUCGUCAGCUCUUUCCGAGGAAUUCAGGCUUUCUCCGAAAUGAAGAAAGACAUUGAGGCCAACUUCAAACAGAUGAAGCAGUCUCUGGCGGUGGAGGAAGGUUCCAGGCACGAACCUCAGCUGGCCGCUCACUACAUCACAUGGAUCUUAGAGCUGACUCAGAGCUUAACAACGGUGGUGUUGACACUGCCAGAGGAGCUCACGGAAGACCUAGAGCAGGCCGUGACCUUCGUGUCCCAAUUCAUUUCCUGACUCGCCCCCCCCGAAAAAAAAAAGACAGACGCCUCUGCACCUCUGACGCUCUGGGUCUCUGGGUCUCUAGAUCUCUUUGGGAGCCUCUCAAUGAACUGACUGUGAGAAAGGUGCUACGUUGUUCCAUUCAACCGGUGGGGUUGGAUGCUCCAUUUACAAAUCAUGUAGGUUUUUAUAUAUC